UAAAAUGUUCCUACAUUACAGGUCCCUUAAACGUUUUGUAAAACACAUUGUUGGCGAUGAUGACGAAUUUGAAGAAACUUUAAACAGUGAACAAGAGAAAAAUGAAAAUUCAAACAAGGAAAAGAUCGAUAUGGAUGGUUCCAAUUGCAUAACAAAUGUCACCCAAACAGCACGAGGACCUCCGAUAUUAGUAUUGGGAAAAGCAGCAGCAGUGUAUACAGUUCGCGCACGACUUACGCAACCAUAUUCAUUGGCGUUUCCCAAUCGUGGGGCAUAUUUUCCUCCACAGGAAUCCAUGGGAGUACGUAUUUCCAAACGAAGCAGGAGCCAUAUGGGAUUCGUAAAUGCAGUCCAACCAGCAACCGUGGCUCCGACUGUAGCUCCAUCCGCUCAACUGGCCAAGCCACUGGAUGUCACCGCCUACUUCCACCAACUGUCUGCUGAUCUCAUCCAGCAACGCGUCUGCCAGGAGCCUUUCUUAGCCCUGUGCAAACGCAUAGAUAGCUUGGUGGCCCAAUCUUUAAACUAAUCCAAACGGCUCAAAUUGAAUAAGGAAAUUACAAAGUAAUCACAAAAUUAGAUGGUAAAAUUUCUGUAUAAUCAAAAAAAAUUCGAAAAUGUAUAUUCAAAUAAAUAAACUUAAGAUGUAGUUAU